AUGGUAGAAGUGAAGAAGAAAAAAUUGGUGCUAAUUCUGUUUGCUGUGGCGCAAAUUUUAAUAUUGGUGACAAUAUUUCGCUCUUCUGAUUCAGUAUAUAAUAGUGUAACUUCUGCAGUUGGAUAUUAUAGAACAAGUCCCGUCGUUAAUAAUACUGGUGAAUAUAUUGGUAAGAAAAUUGCAUACGUGUCUCGUCAUCCAGGUACUACCCAAGAUUUCAAAUAUAUUGAAGAAAAUUUACAGUUAGAAAACGUUGACUAUUUCCUGCAUUAUGGUAUCAGCAUGGCUGAAAGAGUUAUCAAUGAAACGCAAGCGAGGUAUAUUUGCUCUAAUUACGAUACUGUGGUGAUAUCUGAUUGUUUGACAGAUGGUUGGGAAUUUUUUAGGCACGAUGACUUGAAUUGUAAAAAUAUUGUCUUUGUUAUUUCUAAUAGAUAUGAUGUUUGCGCAGGAGGUGAUAGAGAGGGUUUCCAACAGAACUUUACACAUGCAUUAAACCGUGAUGAUGGUUAUGAAGCAACCAUCGUAGCAAAUAAUGCCUUUGAAAUACCUUAUUUGAAAUAUAAAAAUAUCGAACUGAAAAGAGACUAUCCAAUUAUUAGACCAUUUGGUAAUACUGAUAUUGAGUCACAAGACAUUGCAAUAGAAGAACCAGAUAUUCCAUGUUUAAUUAUUGAUAGGUUUGUAUCAAACCAAAAUAUAUUGAAAAAUAAUAUUAAAAAUGAAUUAAAUUACGACUGUAAAAUUUUAAAAUCAAAAUAUGGUGGUCCAAAAACAUUAAGUAAAUAUAAUUCAAUCGUUGUUCAUUUACCAUACCAAGUUUCUAUAAUGAAAAUGUGGGAAAACAUUGCUUAUGGUGUGCUAAUGGCUGUUCCAACGCCUGAAUUUUAUGAUAAAAUAUGCAGUGAAAAUGCUUGUGCUGAACCUGAGCAUUUGAGUGAUGUAAAAAAGGUUGCUACGGAUGGUAACUGGUCAAAAUAUGUUGAUUUUUAUUUACCUGAAUUUGAAAAAUGUUUUACCCAAUUUGGUAGUUGGAAAGAAUUAGGUAUGAUACUUAAAACUGAGAGUUAUAAAAAUAAUAUAAAUCACUGUAGAAAUUUAAUGGAGGAUAAGAGGCAUGCUUCAUUAAAGCAAUGGAAAGAAUUAUUAAAGAAUUUGAAAUAA